UCUAUUUUUAAAAAGAAAUGUAAAGGUUAUGUUUUACGUCAAAAAUAUCAAAAUAAAGAAUAAAUUCCAUGAUUCCUUACAAAGUUUAACUUUAUUUGUGAAUUGUUCAAUUCAUCAAAACGGCUUGAUUAUCCAAAUAAUUAUGUCUGCAUUUCAUUUAAUCCGAAACACUGUGAAAAAUAUAAAUAUUCUACAUAAUAUUAGAAAAUAUUCAUCGCAGAACUAUCAUACGAUAUUCAAUACUGAAUUUUCUGUUAUUCCCUUUUGUCACCUAAAUAUACAAGGAGGUUUUCACCUAAACAUCAUACCUUUAGAUGUCCAUAAAUAUAUAAAUGCUGAUAAAGUGUUUGUUAAUUUUAUAAGUCCUGAUCCCAAAAAUAUCGAUAUCCCUGAAUGCAAAUUAGAUAAUGAUGUAAUUACAAUUACAAGUAAUAACUGUAGUGACUGUACUGAACUUAUUUGUAAUAUUGAAGCUCCAGUUAAAGCAAAUGUUCAAGCUACUGUUUCUACUGGAAACAUUCAUAUUUCCAAUUUUCAAGGAGAUCAUGUACUUUUAGGUACAAAAAGCGGUGAUAUUUCAGUUGAAAAUUGUUAUUGUCAAAAAAUUGAACUUCACAGUGAAGCAGGAAAUAUAAUUUGCAAGAAAGUGCUGCAAGCUUCUGACACAUCCUUAACGACGGGUAAUUUUGGUAGUAUAACAGCCAAUAAGCUUCAAGGAAUUAAUUUAAUUGCAAGUACUGUAAAUGGACAUAUUCGUACAGAAUCAACCUACUUUAAAGACAGUUUCUUUUCCUCAGAGACAGGACCACUUCAUUUACUAAAUGCCCAUAAGAACUGUAAAGUUCAUAUUAAAUCAAAAGGAGAAUUAAAUUUAAUUCGUUUUGAUGGAGUAUUAGAAGCAAUUUUAAAAGAAGGUAAAGCAAAUAUUCAGCUUUCCAGGAUAGAGGCUGAUUCUAAAAUAAUUGUGGAUGAAGAAGGAGAACUGAACCUUAAACUAUUUGAAAGUUGUCAACAGACUAUAUCUUUAAAAAUUGUUGGACAAGACAUUCGGUUGAAUGACAAUCUUCAAAUGACCCUGUUAAAAGAAAAUGAUAAUUUGAUUUUAACAGGGGAAAAUACUAAUGGUCCGAAACUAAAUAUUACAGCGCCAAAAAGUAAAAUUAAUGUGGAAGGAGCAACGAUAUCGGAUUUGUUCUCUAAAUCGCUGUAAAGCUUUUAUUGGUUUAAUUAAUAUAUGUAUAAAACUUACAACUCAA